GGGCUUAUCGGUCAUGGAAUGACAUUUACCAUUGGUCGUGGUACUGACAUUGUGAGUGAACAGAACUUGGUGCUUUUAGUACAUACUUCUUCGUCACAAGUUCUGGUAGAUGUUCCAUUUAUCGUUGCAUUACUUCUCUCGCCCUGUUGGAAAUAUGUUACUGAUUAUUGCCUACCUCGCGCCAUAGGUGUGCCAUGCGAUCCGGCAACUUGCUGGACGCUUGGUUGGACAUGACCCUGAGAGCUUUUUUGAGAAUAUGGGAAAAGCUUGGGACUGGAUGUGCUCCGACUCGCAGCUGCGAUGGUGAGUACUUGAACGUUCUGCUGAAUCGACGUCAGAGCCGUCAUGUAUGGCUCGAUAGUUGUUUCUGCCGAAUUGUUUUGAUUUGCCUUGGUAUCUGUGAUCUGAUUGUGAAUUUGUUUUCAAGGAUUGGUCCAGAGAAGGGCGUGAUCCACCUUGCAACGGCUGCAGUGAACAACGCCUUGUGGGACAUGUUUGCUCGUGCCAGAGGCAAACCCCUGUGGAAAUUGAUUGUUGAUAUGACUCCAGUUCGUGACAUUGUUUUACGAUUGUCCCAGCUAGUAAACGCGACUGCGUUUCGUUAUAUCACAGACGUGCUAACACGUGAAGAGGCGCUUGCGAUGCUUAAGGCGAAAGAGGCUGGAAAGCGUGAAAGAGAAGCCCUUGUUACCGAAGUUGGGUAUCCAGCAUAUAUCACAUCAGCGGGCUGGCUUGGAUAUUCGGAUGAGAAAGUGUUUCGUCUCACGAAGGAGGCCCUUGCAAGUGGGUUCAACCACUUCAAGAUGAAAGUAGGCGCCGACUUCAAGGAUGACUUGCGCAGAGGCAAGAUGAUCCGCUCUAUCAUCGACGACCCCGCAAAUUACCCGUCUGGAUUCAAGGAUCCUUUGAGUCCAGAGCUGGCUGGGAAGAACGCAGGUCCGACUGGCGCUGUAUUGAUGAUCGAUGCGAAUCAGGUUUGGGAUGUCCCGCAAGCAAUAGACUAUGUGACCGGAUUAGCGGAAAUCAAACCUUGGUUUAUCGAAGAGCCUACAGCGCCUGACGAUGCUCUGGGCCACGCUGCGAUCAGGCGGGCACUCAAGCCGUACGGGAUCGGAGUUGCGACUGGGGAACAUGCUCAUAACCGUAUGGUGUUCAAGCAGUUGUUCCAGGCGGAAGCGAUCGAUGUUUGUCAGAUCGACUCCUGUAGACUCGCAGGUGUCAGUGAGGUGCUGAGCGUGUUGUUGAUGGCUGCAAAGUUCGGCGUUCCUGUUUGUCCACAUGCUGGUGGCGUUGGGUUAUGUGAAUAUGUUAUUCAUCUCAGCGUGAUUGACUACGUUGCAAUUUCCGGGACGAUGGAACGAAAUGUAUUGGAAUUCGCGGACCACUUGCAUGAGCACUUUCCUUACAGGUGUACCAUGAACAAAAGAGGGAGGUACAAUGUUCCGAGUAAUCCAAAGGAAGGUUAUAGUAUUGAGAUGUACAAGGAGAGCAUUGCCGAGUUUGAAUGGCCGAAUGGAUCUUACUGGGUCGGUGCGAGGGGUGGUAAAGUCUUGAGCACUUGAUGGUAAAUAUAGGAUAGUCAUAUGUCGAGAUGCCGAGUUUAUUUUGGUGUAUUUGUGCAUGUAAUGGUUAAAUGAUGUACUAUGGACAGCCU